GGCGCGUCUUUUCUCGUCUUUACGGUAUUUGUUGUCUGGGAGUGACUCCUGCACAGAGACACAAUGGAGCUGCAGCGACAGAGUAAAUACUGAAUCACUGCAUUCACACAAAGCCUUAUUUAUCUCUGACAGUGUUAUGGUAAAGUAAUGCUGUCUGCGGGCUGCUAGCAGCAUGCAAAACGCUUGUUUUAGCGCUGAAGAGUUAACUUCGUUACUUAGAUAUUUAGCUUACAGUCCUGCUAGCCGGCUGAGUUAGCCUAGCCUAGCCAAGCACCUGCCUCUGUGUUACAUCUGCUAGCUUGAUAUCAAAGGUUUUAUUAUGGAGUUUCCUUUUGAUAUUAACCAGUUGUUCUCUGAGAAGGUCUCCAUCUUGGACCAGAGCCUUUUAGGAAGUCGUAAAUCUGCCUCACGUCCAGAUCUACAAGCUCACAUCGCCACUGUUAUUGAUGAACUGGGGAGAGCCUCAGCUAAGGCUCAGCAGCUCACUGCGCCAAUAACAAGUGCUUCAAAACUGCAGACUCAGAGACAUCAGCUGUACCUGAUGAAGGACGGAGAGAGCAACGGAGGACGGGGAGUGGUCGUCGGAUUUCUUAAAGUCGGCUACAAGAAGUUGUUCCUGCUGGACAGACAGGGGGCGCACAUAGAGGCCGAGCCGCUGUGUGUGUUGGAUUUCUUCAUAUCAGAGAACGUGCAGAGACACGGCUACGGGCUGGAGCUCUUUGACUUCAUGCUGCAGCAUAAGAGUUUAGAGCCGACCCUGAUGGCGUACGACCGGCCCUCGCCUAAACUCCUGUCCUUCCUGGCGAAACAUCACUGUCUGACUCAGAGUGUUCCUCAGGUGAAUAACUUUGUGGUGUUUGAAGGAUUCUUCCAGAACAGAUCAGGCUCUGUCUGCGCUCCUCUGACGGAUCAGGGCAUGUACGGAUAUUUCGGCCCAGUUGAGAAAGGUUCCCCUCAGAAAGCCGGACGGAGAUAUCAAACCCUACUCUGUGAUGGAGAGAGAAGCGGUGCGACGAGAGCAGAGGGUUCCUCCGUGGCCGUUUGUUCCGCCUCACUCCCCCCAGCGAUCGGUAUCCUCCCAGUACUCCCCUCCCCUCAGCGUGAGCUCUUCCCCCAGCAGGGCCUCCACUCGAGCCGCUCCGCUGUCUGCCCAUCAGUCCCCCCUCCUCGAGCGCUGCAGGGCAAGACGCACCAGGGUCUGGUAGCGAGACGCAGCCUGUACAGUCGACACCUGGACAUUAGAGCUGUCGGUCUGCAGGACACACACCUGACAGGUGUGAGAGCUGUGGAGGAUCAGUCACAGGCAGCCGGACACACAGACACACACAGGUUGGCCACGAUUCACACUCCUAUAACCAGGUCCCGCCUCCUCUUGCCUCCUCCUCAGUCUGCGUCCAUCACAGAGGACGUCUCAGAGACACAGCCGGGUCCAUCUGAUGAAGAGGAGGACGGGAUUAAGGACAGAGAUCAGCAUCCAGGAGGAGCAGCAGGAGACUUGUUGUCCAGUCAGAGAUGUCCCUCACAGGACAGAGACAGAGGAGUGUGGUCGUGGACCGUAGGAGAGAAUUGUUUCAGCGCUCAGUGGGUCAAACAGAGGCAGGAGCGGAGGAGCACGCGGCCGUGGUGACCAGAGAGAGAGAGAGACUGAUGAUGAGUGACAGGUGGUAACGUGUGAAGACUGAAAAAGAGACGGACUCUACCUUUAACCUGGACACAUGAAGUGACGGCUUCAGUCUGCUGAAGAAGAAACAUUUCUUCCCCUUUCAGCUCACUCUAAAAACUGCAGGAAGUUUUCAGGAGUUUUGUGCUGAUGUGAAAGGACUAAUCAUGAUUUUUAAAAGGAGAUAAAUGACUCAUCAAACAUUUCUUGGUUUAUUUUAAAAUAAAAGUGAAACAGUA